AUGCGAGUGCACACUACCACAGAGCUGCUCGUGCGCACGCACACAGAGGUACAAGCCCUCCUCAGCUGCAAUUCAGGUGAGGGGUACGGAGGUCCGCGGCCGCUAGUUGCCAGCAACAGUCACCGUCAGGCGCUCAGCAGAGCAACCCGCCCCCACAGGGCGCACUGUCGCGAAUUAAAACAACCCCCGACUGUGCUACGAACUUUUUAUAGUGCCAAUGCGUUUGAAAUUCUGUUGCUUUCAAUAAAUAUCAUCACAAUUGUAUCUGGAUAUUAUCUAUUAAAAAUUGAAUCGCAAUUCAAAAAGAUGGGGAGCAGUGAAGGCCAGCAAACUUUUUGUUUGAAAUGGAAUCACCAUAAAACAAAUCUGGUAGAAAUAUUGGAAGCUUUAAUAAAAGUUGAAACAUACGUCGACUGCACUUUAGUCGUCGAUGAUCAAGUUACGUUUAAAGCACACAGAGUUGUGCUCGCCGCUAACUCUCCAUAUUUUCAAUCGAUCCUAGCUGAUGUGCCUAUGGAUCAUUGUAGCAUACUUUUCCCCGGAGUCAAGGAUUUUGAAAUGAGAGCCCUUCUCGAAUACAUGUACACGGGUGAAGUCAAUGUCACACAAGCGCAUAUACCACGAAUCAUGAAAGUGGCUGAACAACUUGAAGUCAAAGGUUUGUUUGAUAUGACGGAGCUGAGACGCCGCCCUGGAAGCAGCGAACGUACCCCCGCUGCCUCCCCACCACGAGUAGUACCGGCUGCUCCCUCUAGUGUUUCUCCUCCUGCACCAAAUAAUCGCUGGCCACCACCGCCUACAGCUCCAGUACUUUCGGCUGCAUACGACUCUGCUGAUAUGAAUCCAUUAAAACGCAAAAAGUUAUCAAGUAUGCUAGCCACUCGUGAUACCCCAAUUUUAAGAAAUGUUCUAGCACAGACAACUCCUGUAGAUUCCUCGCAACCUAUGUCUCUUGUCUGCCAUCCUGUUAGUCAGCUUGAGUCAACACGUUUGCAUUCAAACGGAUCAGCUCAUGAAUUAGAUCGGUCUGUAAGCCCUCAAAGACCUUUCGACUACAGGCCUCGUCGGUUGUCGUCUAGGGCGUCAUCUCCUCAUUAUAAUCGCUCAGAUCGUUCAGAAGAUGCUCAUUCACCUUACACAGAGCGAUCUUUUGAGGAAGAUAAUCAACGUACUUUCCACCCUUCUCCCCCACCAGCUAAUUUCCAACAAGACGUGCGAGCUGGGCUAGCGCCAUAUGUACCACCGCAACAAAAACCGGAAUGGAAACGAUAUAAGCAAUACACGCGAUCAGACAUUAUGUCUGCUAUAGAAUGUGUGAGGAAUGGCAUGAGCGCUUUACAGGCAUCGCGUAAAUAUGGCGUGCCCUCACGUACUCUAUACGACAAGGUAAAAAAACUUGGUAUUACAACAAGUCGUCCCAUGAGCCGUGGAGUUAAAAGGGAAUCGAAUGGAGCUGCUUUCCCUUACGGUUUAAGCGGCACUGGUGGUAAUGAUGAUGUAACACCUACUACUCCGCUCAUCGACCCGUCCUUCCUACAACAAGCAUUAGAAGGCGCUACAAGAGACGGGGGGCGCGAAGCUUUACAUGCUAUGGCCUUAGCUGCAGCAGCACAUGCAGCACUGACUCCUCGAACCCCACCACGCUCAGCGCCACAAUCACCAAGAACUCCACCACCUGACGAUGACCAUGUCGAGGACUUGUCAGUCGCGCGCAGACGCGAUCCAGACCCUCCAUCCGGCGUCAUUGUCCCGCCACGUAAUUUUGCUCUAGAUUGCAAUAGCGAAAGGGAUUAAAAACUCUACGCUAAAGUAAAAUAUUCAAAAAGACUGACUUAGGCGUACAAAAUUAGAAGUAAGGCACUAGUGUGUAGGCUACUGGUAGUCGCGCCGUGCGCGCACGCCACGCUGACGGGGCGCUCCGGCCGGGCGAUUGCAAUUGGCCCCGCGGCCACAUAUCUUCUACCUCUCAUCUUCUCUAUUUAUUUCCAGGCGCUAUUUAUACCUAAUAACGAAAUCAAAUUUCCGUUAGACGGUUUGGCGGUGUCUUUUGUGAUUUGUGUUUUGUUUAUUUUCUCCUUUUUAUGUUUUAUAACUUUACGUCUCUGUUAAAUAAAUAGUUUAUAGGUUAGCUUUAAUUAGAAUGUAAAAUGUCCUAGUUGGAGCGGUAACCGUGUAGGGCCGGGGGUCAGUGUGUUCACGCGCGCCUCGGAAAGGUCCGUUUAGACGAGUUAUUGUGCAAUUUGUUGUCCGCGACUGUGAUGUUUAUAGACUGAUACGCCGCCAUUACCUCACGCUCCAUACAGUUGGUUUCUAGUCCGCAACACCGCAUGUUGCAGUCCUCUUUAAAGUCAAUAAUUGCUGUUACUCUGGAGUAUUUUUGUUAUCAAAUAGAAGAGCGUCACCCAUGUGAAGCUCAUAUAACUUUGUAUGGCAAUGUAUUUAUAAUCUUUAGAUGUUUACGUGAUAAAAUAAAUAAAGUAAUUGUUUGCUUUUGCCAUAAUUGUUCGUUGUUAACAACUGACUAUGUAGACGUAUAUUUACUACUGAUUGAUUUUGCACGAGCACGACAGUUUUACUUAGAUUUAAGGAGGGCUUUAUAACACUUAGUCGGUGUGGAUGCUCAAUCUUUAUAAUAAUAGAACCAUAUAAUUAAAUUGGCAAGAAUAUGAAGUCGCGUUUGUUUAAAUAUGUACGUAAUAUUAUUAAGUUAUUUUAUAACUAUAAAAACAUUUUAAUGUUUUUAAUAUAGUUCUUUUAUCUAAAUACAUUAAUAGAGAAACUCUUGCAGGAUAUAUGUAUAACCUACCUCUACUAUUUAUUAAUGAAAUAAAAUCAAAGCAAUCUGUUGUACCUCUAUUAACAUGUUAACUGGUGUAUAAACUAUAAUUAUAUCAUAUUAUUUAAGUGAAUUAUGUUACAUGAAUACUUAUUAUUUUGUAAUUAUUAAAAGACUGAUUUGUUACUUUAGUCUAGUUUGAAAAUGCCAUAGAUACUUUAUCGUAUUCGCAUAUAUAAUGUUGGAUUGAAACUUUACGAGGGUUUUGUGUGAACACUAUUGAGUGUUAUUUGUGCCUUGUUUGUUGAAAUAGAGACGUUUUUGCGGACAUUCCAGUAGUUACGCGUGUUCUUUAGUAUUUUAUAAAACACUACACGUAGUCUUAAUUUAAAAUUAAUCAAGCUUUUAUUGCUGUGUUCAAAAUAUCUGUGUCCGGAACACUUUCAUGCGUGUGAAUUAUUUAAUAUAAGUACUAUACCUCACAAUUUGUUUAGUUGAAGACGUUAUGUGAUUAUAUCAUAAAUACCUACUUUUGUGCCUAUAAAUAAUGUUAAGUACAAUGUUAUGCACUAGAAUCGUUUAAGUUGUGACGCGUGUCGUAUGUAGUUGGCUAUAUAUGUAUAAAUGUAGAAUAAAUACGAGUUUGUUUUCUCGUACCUAAAUAUUAUAGUAAGAACUAUAUUUACAGAUAAUAUAAUGUUAUAAAUAUAAAUUAAACGUUUAAUAUCAUA